CUAAUUUAUUUACUUAAUUAAACGUAAUUGUAUACAGAAAAAUCUAUCUUAUCUAAUGCACAUAUUUUAAUAAAACAUUUCAGGAGGCGUUCCAGAAGAUAAUUUAUAUUUUUAUGAACCAUUCAUAGUACAGCAAAAAGAUAAAAAUAAAAUGUAACUUUAAGCGUAGAAUAACAAGCAAAGUGAAUUGUAAGAUCUAUAAAAAAAUUUUAUUUUGAACUAAUAUUCUUUCUUCCCUAAUUCGUCUUUACUAUUUAUUCUGCUGUAAGUAAUAAAAGAACGAAGUUUCAUUGAAAUAUUUUAUUUUUUCUUGUAUGUUUAUAUUAAGAAUUUAAAGGUUAUAUAGCAUUGAUUUGAGUCAAUGAUACAUAUACCUAAGACACGAGUGAAUGAGUGUAUCUUUAUUCUUGAAUCAGAUUGAUUUCAAGAAUAUGAACAAAGAUCACGACGAACAAAAAGAGUAGGGGAAAAAUAAACAAGAAAAAUGACUGAUUACAUAGAGGAAUAUCUUGCAAACAGUUUGCUACACAGUCACAUAAUAGAAGAGACCAACAACAUUUAAAGAUCUUAUAAGAUUAUUUUCUAAGUAUGGAGACGUUGAAAAUUGUUAUGUAAAAAAGACUCAAAAAAAUAGUAACUAUGCAUUUGUAACGUUUAAGAGCGUAGAUGCAGCUGUGAGAGCCAGAUACGAAGAAAUAAGAUUGCACAAUAGAGAUUUAAAAAUCUUGGCAGCUGAUUCUUGGCAUCAACCGGAUAACAUGGAGAAUCAGUAUCACAACCCUAAUUUACAAAUAAAUGAAUUAAACUCUAAUGAAGUAUCAGAUGAUGUUGUAUGUAAUCUGGAUUAUGAACAAGAUGACAUUGGCAUUCAAACAUUAAAUGAUGACUGUCUGAUACACAUCUUUCUUCAAUUACCAAUUAUAGAUAGGAUCAGAAUAGAAAGAGUAUGCAAGAGAUGGAGAGCAUUAAGUCAAAAGUCCUGGUGUAGUGUGAAAAGACUGGAUUUAUCGUAUUCUAUAUGGGGCUCUGUAUCUGACAUAAACAGAAAAGAAAUUAGUACAUGUACCAUUCGUAAAGUAUUACUACGAUGUGGUUCAUACUUAAAUGAAAUACAUCUAUCCCUAGUACCGUCUCAUUUACGUCAAAGUACAGUAACUAUCGUCGCAAAAUUUUGCCCUAAUUUACAAAUAAUAGAUAUCACUGGUCUUACCAUUUCCGCGUCUGGUAUUGAUUCACUGAUCAAUAAUUGCCAUGGUAUUACAAAAUUUAGUCUUGGCCCUACCACUUAUGUUUGUGAUAUAGAUCUACAAAAAUUAUUCAAAGUGAAUCCAAAGUUACGAUAUUUUAAAUUCUCUAGCACUAAAAUAUGCGGACGAUGCUUAUUGCAUUUACCAUUAGAAACAAUAGAAGAAAUCGUUUUAGAAUCUUGUACCUAUCUUCAGGAGCAGCCUUUGUCGCAGGCGAUUGCGUAUCUACGAAACUUAAGAGCACUUACGAUAAAUAAAUGUGUUUAUAUAUCCGGUGACGUUAUUCGAGCCAUUGGCACAUAUUGUACAAAUUUAAAAACGUUAGAAGUUUCUAGUAUUUUAUUUUCAUUACAAUCGAAUGACAUGUUACAUAUUACGCAAUUAACCAAUCUCGAAGUUCUGAAAAUCAGUACGAAUACUGUAGUUACGGACGAACUUCUUUCUAUUUUGGCAUCGAAAUGCCUGCUUCUCACAUAUCUAGAUAUUUCCGAAUGUUUUCUUGUUACAAACGCUGGCAUAGCCGCUAUAGCAACUCUUCCCAAGUUAGAAGUGUUAAUAAUGAACUACUUGCGAGUGACAAACAUAAAUUUACGGGACGCAUCCAAUUUAAGAAGGCUAGAGUGUCGCGUUUGCAAAUUUACGGACAGAAUGAUGAUCGAUCUUAUCGAAUCCGCGCCACAAUUGAGGCUACUAGAUUUAUCCGGAUGCUCAAAUAUUACUAAUAAAACAUUAGAGAAAGCUGCCACGCUUACGGUCAGUCGAACCAACAAUACUAUUUUAAAAGUAUUCGUCGGUAAAACCUCAGUAGAUCUUAGUACUUUUAACAAAGUAUCACCGUUUUUACAAAUAGUCAAUGUAGAUUUAUCUAGUUGUAAUCGCACUAUAAUAUUUCCACUUGUACUGUAAUAUUUGUAAACAUUAAUCGUGUAAGAUUUUCUUUAUACAUUGUGAUUUUAUACAUAUACGAAAUGCGUUGACAAAACAGUUGAAAGUAUUGAGGAAAAUGAGAAUAAUCUUGACUCAGCCAUGUUUAUUUGCAAUAACUUUAGAGACGUAAAUCUGAUAGUACUUACGUCGGUAGACGAACUUUGUAAAUCAUUUUGUAGAAAAUUCACGAAACGAAAACAGGAAAGGAUGAUAGAUAGUAGUGCAAUCAUAUUUUCUAUAAACGAAGCACAUUAUUACUACUUUAUACCAUGGUAAUCAGUGUCACCGUUAAAACAGUAAUUAAAUUUUGACAGACUACGAAAUCAGAGGUAAAGCAGGAAUAUAAAGUUCUGUCUAAAUCAAAAUACUGUACGCUCAAAUUAGUGUUAAUGAAAGCGAAUGUUUUAAUACUUUGUAUUGUACGAGAUAAAUUUAUAUUUUCAUAAACAUAUGUAGAUAUACUUCAUUAACGUCCGGAUCUCAACACACGAGGAGUAUGCUUCCAAUGUAGGAUAAAUUUAUUCUUUGAAUAAUUACAUUUAGACAGUGAAUCGAUAUAGCGGCAAUUAUUAUCCACAAAUUUGCAACAAGGAAUAUCCAUAUAUUUUGAAUAAGUGCCAGAAGUAAUUAUCUCUUUGACAAUUGAAAUUCACUGUUCAGUGAAUAGAAUCCUUUUUUUUUUUUAUGGCUGUAUAUUAUUAGUAUCUUACAUAAUUUUCUUAACAGGACUUUUAUCGGAAAAAUGUGUUAUUCUGUUUAUAGUAAACAGGAUUAUGCACAUUGUUAUAGGAGAUACAAACAUAAUAAGAAAGAUCAGUUCUUGGGCGUCUUACGCUUAGGCACAUAAGUGGAUAUUCCCACUGUGCUUGCAAACAUCACAAUACGCUCGUAGUACGAUCCGAUAUUUUUUUAAGCCAAAUCGGAAAAAGGCUACAUCUACGCGGUCACGUAUAUAAAAAAGUAAUGGCUAGGCAAACAUAAAUAACUGAAGGGAUAGAUAUAUUAUAGCUAGGACUUUCAUCCACGUAUAACGGAUCGUUUCUUAUUAUCUUUUCUUUUUUGUUUUUUUUUUUU